AUGACCGGAUCAAACAGCGUAAUCGAUGUCCUCAUCAUUGGGGCAGGUCCAUCCGGAUUAGGCGCUGCAUUAUGGCUGGCGCAAUUGGGAAUCGACUUUCGCAUCGUCGACAAACGAUCCGAUGAGCCCAGGAAAGGACAGGCAGAUGGCCUCAACCCGAGGACCAUGGAGAUUUUCAAAAGCUGGGGAAUCCACAAUCAAGUCACCAAACUCUGGGAGCCGGCGACGCAUGAAACGCUCUGGUACCGAGGGCAGGAUGAGAAGCUCACGAGGACGGAUCGGUACCCAAGUCAACCUCCUCCGGGGGUUCGGUGGACACAUGGGACGCUGCAGCAGGGGAGUGUGGAGGAGAUUAUGAAGAAGCGAAUCUUGGACAUCUCUGGGGUGGCUGUUGAAUACCAUACAUCUCUUUGUGAAUUGGAUAUCGAUACCACGAAGCUUGACACUCCAGGGGCUUACCCGUGUACCGUCCUACUUCAACAACAGCAUGGAGAGAGCAUCCAGACCGAGAGAAUCCGGGCUAGAUACGUCAUUGGAGCGGACGGAGGAAAGUCCAUGGCUAGGCAAUUGCUAGGCAUUGAGAUGCAUGGUAACAAAGGCUCGUCGAUCUGGGGCGUCAUGGACUUUGCCGGGAGUUCGGAUUUUCCCGACUUCGGAGCGACAUCCAUCAUCCGCAGUGACAUUGACGGAUCGGUGGAUUUUGUUCGCCGCGAGGAAGGGCUGGUACGGAUGUACGUUGAGCUUAAUAAGGGGCCAGAAGGAGAACACAUUCGCAGAGAGGAUAUUACCCCGGAGCUCAUUAUCCAAAAGUGCCAGUACAUGGUUCGACCAUACCAGCUAGAGGUCCGCCAUUGGGUCUGGUGGUCUGCAUUUACAGCCACCCAGCGACUGAGCAGUGCAAUGAGCAAAGGCCAGCGUGCAUUCCUGGUCGGCGAUGCUGUCCACACACACUCACCUGUCACCGGAAUGGGAAUGAACACGAGUAUCCAGUACGUGACGCCAAUCCUCAACAAGACCAACACUAACAGAGCAAGGGACUCGUACAAUCUCGCCUGGAAGCUCGCCGGCGUCAUCAAAGGACACCUGAACCCCAACGUCCUCAUAACCUACGACACCGAACGAGGACCCGUCGCUCGGCAACUGCUCCAGGCAGACCGAACAACACUUGAGUUAUUCGAUACCAAAUUCGGCCAUGAAUCUCCCUCCCUGCUGGCCCGGGCAAAUGAGUUACGGAUCUUCCUAGCGGGCCGUGGGAUCCGCUACGCCGAUACGCUCUUGACAUUGCCCUCGACGCAAGGAAUAGGCUGCUUCGAGCCCGGUGAAUGCCUCCCGGAGUUGGCGAUUACCAACCACGCCACGGGGAGAACUGUCCAUCUGCACAAUGCUCUCAAGGCUGAUGGGAGCUGGUGCAUGGUUGUCUUCGCGGGAAACGUCUCCUUAUCCAGCCAGAUGAAGCGCAUACACAAACUUGCGAAACAAUUGGAAGAAGCGCGAGAGGCUAUUUUCGGACUACUGGAUGCAUUACUCGUUCACUGUGCGCAAUGGGAUGCAGUGGAGCUCGCGAAUUUUCCUUCUAUGUUUUUCCCUUCCCAUGAAGCUACCGGCCGGGACUAUAGCAAGAUUUACAUCGACGAGGGGUCUCUAUAUGACGAGGCUGGGCUGGACCGGAAUGAUGGUGGGCUCGUCCUGGUGCGUCCGGACCGGUACAUUGGUUGGACUGGAGGGCUAGAGGAGACUGGUGAGCUGAGGAGAUAUCUCUCCCAGAUUUUCCAGACUGGAUCCAAGGAAGACCUGCAGCUUCUCCCCUGA